GGGCGACAUAGUAUCAGACUAUGACUAAUUGCAAACAAGAUGGCAUCUAAUGCUGUUGAAAGAAAAAUCGUGCAUACUUCUAAAAAAUCUAAUCGUGAAUAUUCAUGCAAAUACCUGGCAAGAACGUCAUGGUCGCAAUUUCAAGAACUAGACCAUUCACUUUCCAGAUUAAUGAGUCUCUAUAAUGGUUACUUUGGAACAAAGUCUUUUAAAAUAUUACGAGCACUACUUAAAUUUUUGGAAUGGACUGGUCAUGGCGUUCCUUGUGCUGAAGCUAGUUUUCCAAAGACCUCGCCCAAUAUACAAUGAGAACGAUAUGCCUUUGAGUGCCUCUAAGGUGGACGACUUCUCCUUCCCAUCUGGUCACACAACUAGAGCAUUCAUGGUUAUGUUCCUGUAUGUGAUGCAUAGAAUUUCAAACAUUGAAAGAAUCUUUUGGAUUUCUUGGGCAGUACUUCUUGGCUUGUCCAGAGUUGUGUUAGGAAGACACCAUCUUAGUGAUGUAGUAGCUGGUGUUUUUAUUGGAUUGGCUGAUGGUGUUAUGGUAACAGAGUUUGUGAUGUGGUAUAAUAGACAACAUUUUUAAUUUGAUUGAUUUAGUAGCAGAAAUUUGAAAUUUAUAAAAACUAGACAGAAGUUUUAUUAUCAGUGUUUAAUCACUUGUUGGCAAAAAUUUUAAGUUUCUCUUUUAUUGUAAAAACUGAAAGAAAGCUAUAUGCAUGAGAAAACAUUA